UUCGAUCAUCUUCAUCUGUUCGGACACGCAGCUCGCAACCGCCAGCGGCGGCCAGCCAGCCGGAAGGGGAGCUCGACCAUCCCCGCCGGGACCCCCAUUGCACCGGAAAAGAAGAAUUUAGGGCUCCCGAAGUUUCUCUCCCCUUGUUUCUCGCACUGUCUUCUCCGUUUACUAUGGGCAAUCGAGUAGUAAAAAGAUUCUGGAUCUUGCCGACCUUCUCCUCUCAUGCUCUCCUCCCGCAGGAUAUCCUAGGCCAGUCAACUACCAUCAGCUUUUACUGAUGUGAUAAAGACUGCAGUAGGGAGACCAAGGCCAGACUUCUUUUGGCGAUGCUUUCCAGAUGGAAAGCAGUUAUAUGACCAAGUGACUGGCAAUGUUAUUUGCCGUGGUGAGAAAAGCUUCUUAACAGAUGGGCGCAAGAGUUUUCCUAGUGGCCACUUCCUGGUCUUUUGCUGGUCUUGCAUUUUUGUCACUCUACUUGUCUUGCAAAAUUAAGGCGUUUGAUCACCAAGGUCACGUGGCAAAACUUUGCAUUGUGAUCCUUCCUCUUCUUAUUGCAUCACUUGAUGGGAUUUCUAGAAUAGAUGAUUAUCGACACCACUGGGAGGAUGUGUUCGUUGGUGGCCUUAUUGGGUUCCUCCUCCAUAUCAUGAUCAAGGUUGGGGGCCAUAUGCAUACUUCCAAAUGCUGGAGGAACUCCAAGCGGCCAAUUCAAACUAUGCAGAAAACCAACAAUCUACAUGUGGGCAUCACAUUGGACUAUCCGGGCAGCAGCAUAACAGGACGUCGAGAAACGAUUUGGAAUCUGGAAGCAUGUAACCUGCCUCCUGCGCUUAACUGAAGAAGCAGCCAUGUACAUUUAUACAGUAAGGACUACUAAACCUUCUUUGCAUGUACUCACCGUGUAGUAGAACUAGAGACCUGAAGUUUUUGACCUAAUGUUACAACGGCUCAUCUUGGGUGAAUAUCACAAGCUCAGUAAAGCCUAAGCUAGACAUUCUAGGCCUACCUGUGGCCAAAUUAAUCGCAUGAGUUGCUAGUGGAAGCACUGAUUAGGAACUUAUUCCACUGCUAGAAAAGAAACAGAAUGUAGAGUUGAAAAUGACAACCAUA